AUGACUAACGUGAAACAAAAGAAGAAGUAUCUGCUUUACAUGGUCCAGGUCCAUACCAAUUUUCGUAGGGCUGAAUUGGAAUCAUUAGCAGACUUGUACAAUAUCGACAUCGAUUUCGCAACUUAUAGUGAAGAUUCUCCAUUUUUCUACGUAGAAUUAGACAGUGAUGACGUUGCACGCGACUGGAUUAAGAGAUCUAUAUUAACAAGAGCAAUUUACGAAUAUUGGGGCGACGGUAAGACUCUAGAGGAACUACACGAGUCCAUCAAGUCUCAACCUUUUAUUGAACAUUAUAAACAAAUUUAUAAAAACGAUUCUUUCAAGUUUGAAUUCGAGAAUUAUAGAGGAGGAAGUAACAAAUAUUCCACCAAGGAUAGAAUCAAACAAAUCGAAUCUUUUGGAUAUUUGCAAUUUGAAGGUAAAAUCGACCUGAAAAAAGCCAAACAAGUUUACACUCUAAUAGAACAAUAUGAACCAAUCUCUGAUAACAUUGCUGGUGAAAAACCAACACAUUUCAUAUUUGGUAGAUUAGUACAAACUAGUAACCGUCGUUCAGUGGAAAAAUUUGACCUAAAGAAAAGACCAUACAAAGGUACAACAAGUUUUGAAGCUGAAUUGUCCUUAAUUAGUUGUAACAUUGCACAAGUCAAAUUUGGAAGUUUCAUGUAUGACCCAUUCGCUGGUACAGGCUCAUUUCUAGUUGCAGGCGGCCAUUUUGGUGCAUUGGUAUUUGGUUCUGACAUUGAUGGUAGAAUGAUUAGAGGUAGAAGUUUAAAUGAAAAUAUAUCAAGUAACUUCAAACAUUAUGACGAUUCAAACAAAUUUUUGGACGUUAUGACAAUGGACUUCACACAUAAUGCAUUGAGAUCUAAUUUAGUCAUUGAUACCAUUUUAUGUGAUCCACCAUACGGUAUUAGAGAAAGUAUAAAAGUACUUGGUGCUCGUGAUCCGGAACGAUUCGUUGGUAAAGAAAAUAUUGAAAUUGAUGGUGAAAAGGCAUAUUUGAGAAAAGACUAUAUACCCACGAAAAAACCAAUAUCCUUAGAUUUAUUAUUAGACGACCUAUUAAAUUUUGCAUCGGAAAGAUUACCUAUAAACGGUAGAUUGGCAUUUUGGAUGCCUACUGCGAAUGAUGAGAAUAUUGAAACUAUUGUACCGCUACAUUCCCAUUUGGAAUUGAAAUAUAACUGCGUUCAAGAAUUCAACAAGUGGUCAAGAAGGUUACUAGUUUAUAUCAAUAGGGGACCAAGUUUCAAUGGACCAACUAAUAAUGGUACUAAGAGGUCCACUACUAACUUUAGGGAGCGUUACUUUAGUAAUUUCAAUUAA